AUGGCUGGUGAUGCCUUCCACGGGUUCCGCCACAAAAAACUGUGGUUUCCAUGCAAAAUUUUCACUCUCAAUGCGGCUUCUCUGACAAUAUUAGCCGUGGCAAUGAAGCUGGCUGUGGAUAUAAGUACCAACAUUCCAGGCAAAAAGGAUCAGCUGGCAAAACUUAGCAGCACAGCCUUCAUGUGUACAGCAAUAGGUAAUUUUAUGCCAUCUUUAGGUAAAAUGGAUGACAAAGAAAUUCUAAUGAACGUGAUAGCCUUGGCUAUUCUCGUAAUUACCAUUCUUGGGAAUGUCUGCAUCCAAUUAGGCACUGGUCUAUUAUAUAGUUUUCUUAUGAUUGAACAUAUUGCAGUUAUGUUUUUGAUGUUUGUUUUGCUUGUAAUAUUGAGUUUCUCAGCUCUGACGGUUUCAACCACUAAAAAACAUUUACAAUUGAAGUAUAGUGAUUUACAUCAAAGUACUUCAGGCGAAGUAGAGUUGGAGGAUAUUGGAAUGGUAACUGUCCAAAAAUUGAGAGAUUAUGUGAAAAAAUAUUGGAUGAUGGCAGAAACAGGUAGUCCUCAAUUUGUGAUAGCUCGUUCUGUGACCUGCUCUGCUUCAGGGGCAAUAUGUUCUCUCACUACUAUCAUUUUAGCAGAAGCGGAACUCAGGACCUAUCUGUGGUUUACGUACACAAAUUUAGCCGAUUUCUUCAUUCUCAAUUGGAAUAACAGUUCGGAUUAUCAGUGGUCAAUCUUGUUCGUUCUUGUGAUUCAGACUAUCGGGGUGGGAGUAGGUACAAUUGCCCCAGUUUUUAGAUGGUUUAUUGUCAUAAAAUCGAAGUGCUCAGUAAGAAGAGGCAAGAGCUACAAAACAGAGUGGAAAACAGAGGAUUACUGGACCCGAAGGCUGGUAGGUUGGAGAGACAGCCCCUUGGCUUUAUGCUUCCGGAGCAAAAAAUUCAGAAAAUUUGUUCACAACACGAAGAAUCGAAUUCUCAACUUCUGUAUUGGAGUUCAGAUUGUGAUUGUCACAGCUAGCAAAUCACUUUUGCUCAUCUCCAGUUUCUUACCAAGCUUGUUGUUUUCAUGUUUCAGCUACUGCAAGGUCUUAAAGAGGAAGAUCCUGUCUAAAUCUAAUGCAUCAAGCAAUCACACAGGAUCAGAAUCGGAACCCGAACCUGGUACACAACUGGUCGAUCAUAGCGAUUUUGUCCUGUAUCUCGACGGUGAGGAGGAAAUACCCCUACAUAUCAUGAAGACCAUCAACAAUGCUGCAGAUAAUUUGAUUCAGAUAGGCAAAAAGAAACCGCCUAAAUUUCUUAAAGAGCUUUUAGGAAAAUCUACGGGUUUCAAGGGGGUGGCGAAUUUUGACAGCAACCAAAUUCCAUCUCUGCUUUCUGAAGAACCUCCUAACUGUUGGACUUUGCCUUUGGUUACACUAACAAGCAUCGCCAUGGCACUUCCCAACAUUGAAAAUCAGAAGAUGGAGCGGUUGCAAAGCAACGUGAAUGAAAGCCUCUUGUAUGUCAGACAAGUAGAAAAAAUCCUUGAUUCCGAAGCUGACUUGGUAAACAUCAGAAAUGCAGCAAAGAGUGUGUGGUCAGAAGUUGAUCUCUCCGGCAAGUGGCUAGAUGAAGAUCUCCGAAAAAUCGCUCUUGAAGGAAAAACCUCAGAGGAGACUCUCGAGAGACUUGCUGGCAUGGCUGAAAGUAUUGUCAAGGAAUUCAGGGCAAAUAUGAAUGGAAAUCUGAAGGUUAUUGCUGCUAAUUCAAUGUACAGAAUCAGCAAAACCGUGCUGCUGAAUCAUGAAAGGAGCAACAAUCAAACUGACGAGAGACUGUUCGAGCAAUUAUCUGUUAUGAUUGCGGAUAUAUUGGGUGCUUGCCUCACUAACUUACCGCGUGUCAUAACUAUGAAAUGCUUUUGCAGUGCCAUAGAAGAGAGGGAGAAGAGUGUCCAGCGUGCUGCUCAACUUCUUGGUGAAACUGAAGAGACUCUCGAAAUCCUUCAACAGCGUGAAAUUCCUAGACUGAAUCCUAUUCAAGCGGCUAAUAUCAAUGAGUGGCGUGUUUCAAUGAAGAAAUAG